CUCUCUUUAAGAUUCUACUGCACUGGAUUUGCACUGAUUUCUUGCCGUUCCUUUGCUGUCUCGAUUGUGGAUCGACGAGACCGAACAUUCUUCUCAAGUUUGAGGGCAGGCUACUCCUCUUCACUUUUUGACCAUCAUGUUCUUCCCAAAGGCUGCAGCGGUGUUGCUGUGUGCGGUUGCUCUGUCUGAGGCAUUCUCUAUUCCGGACGUUGGAUACUUGGCUGUUCGGUCGCCUCAAAACUUUGGCGGAGGAGGAUUCGGUGGAGGACAGAACAAGCCCAACGGCAAUAACAACAAUGCUGCGAAACCUAACAGUGGAGGAGCGAAUACGAAGACUUCAACGACUGCGGCGGCAGCUGCAGCAGCUUCGACCAAGGCAGCCACCGGUGCCAACAACAAUAAUAAUGCAGCUGGCAACAACAACAACAACGCAGCGGCAGCCGCUACCACGUGCUUGAAGUCCAACGCUGUCCAGACAGGAAGUGCAGAUGAUGGAAACGCCACGCCGACAGAUGGUCAAUCUGCAUCAGCGACCGACGUCGCAAACUUCAUCAACUUCUGCUCUGGUCAACCCCUGACCAACGGCCUGCAAGUUAAGACCGGCUCGUGCAACGGCAUCGUAAUGGGCAAAAUCCCCUCAACCUCCAACAUGAUCUCCGCAAUCAUCACCUCCCCCAAACCCGCCGAAAACAUCGCCGCUUCCACAACCUUCACCAUCAGCGUGCAAAUGAAAGGCUUAACCGCAGGCUCCUUCACAAAUGCAGCCGCCACUUACUACAGUGCACCCCAAAACCUCGCUGGCAACGGGCAAAUAAUAGGCCAUACACACGUCACCGUCCAAGACCUCGGCAACAGCUUGCAACCCAGUACGCCGCCUGAUCCAGUGCAGUUCGCGUUCUUUAAGGGCAUCAACGAUGCCGGGGAUGGGCAGGGAUUGCUUAGUGCGACGGUCCCGGGGGGGUUGCCCGCGGGCAAUUAUAGGGUUUGUAGUAUGACGAGCAGUAGUAAUCAUCAGCCGGUGUUGAUGCCGGUUGCGCAGAGGGGGGCGCAGGACGAUUGCCAGAAGUUUACGGUUGGUGCUGCGGCUGGUGGGGGGAACAAUAACAAUGCAAACGCGAAUGCGGGCGGGGCCGCGAAGGCGACGACUACGGCGGCUGCGAAAGGGGCGAAGAAUACGAAGAAGGCAAGGGCGUAUGUUGUUUGAUUGUUCCAGGUUGUAAGUGGAGGCGGGAUGGCGUUUGGGGUAGUGGGGGCUGAUGUUUUUGGGAGAGGUAUUGCUGGCAGAUACAGUUUGAGAGAGGGGUAGUAUGGACUAGACGUGAUUGAUUUAGAAUGAAUAGUACGAGGUGU